UGGCAGGGUGUUCCAUAAAAUGGAAUAGGCGGAGUGUUUGUGGAGGAAGGAAGUCAGAUAUGCAGGUCGAUUUGUCGCACGUCUGCAAUCGAUCUGCGCCUUGGAUUCCUAGGACACGAGUCCCGUGGGGUAAGCUGGCAUGUAUUUCAAAUAGUUCCACCCGUAUUUUUACAGGUCUGGAAAGUGUCUGUACACAUGUAUCCUAUUAUAAGAGACUGUGGAGAAGAGGCAUGACCCAUUAGCAUUGAUAUUGCCGCCAGACACACUUUGGCAUUGGUCUUGUCUUUUGCCAGUAGCUCCAUUGUAUUCUUCACUAGCUGGACUAUAAGUGACGAGAGGCCGUUUCCAACUUUGUCACCGUUUCGUUCCCAGAAUUUCGCACCAGAUCUAAUUUGGUGGCAUUACAUGUAGACAUGGUGCUGACGUGCCGACCAGAGAGGUGGGUGAUGGGUGAGAGGUGGGUGAUGAAACAAAUAGCUCUGGUAGCUCUCAUCUGCGUUAUCAAAUCGAUCUCUGCCUCAAAUCCUGCCACUGCAUUAAAUGGACGGGACCAAGGAGAUAGCAGCCCUCUGCGAACCCGGUACGUUUAUGAAUACCCUAAACGUAAUGCGGUGCAUGAUACUGAUCACCUUCGCUUUCGUCCGACUCCUUCCACAACUCUGUUCCUCCAGCCAGAACGAUCUCGCCUCACUGAGCAUAUCGUCAGUCUGCGCUUUCGCAGGGUGGAGGGCAUAUCCGGAUUCAGAGUGGACGACCUAAUCGCAAUGGAUACUGAAGCCGUAGUGAUCUUGUGGAGACAUAUUGCCACGCUGGCGUAUCCUGGGUUAAGCAAGAAGUGUCGGAGCCUACAUGGCUUCACACCUUCUUUGGCCACGUCACCAUCCAGGCAGGAUUUGAUCAUCCACAAUUUCGGGCCGUGGGACGAGUGCAACGUAAUGUACGUUUGGCGAGACAUGACGCUACGAAAGGUAGUGUCACGUGAAGCACAUACUAGUAGUGCUAGCUACAGAUACCUACAGUCGAUAGUGACACUUGCUGACACAGAUGACGAUGAAAAAAGCUAUUGGAUUUUAGCUUACGGAGAACUUCUUUGCAACAACAACAGAACCAAAUGGGAAGGGAGCACUGACGACUUUAUGAAAUCUUGCAAAGUGGCAUCACGUCUUCGACGGGUGCGUAUUCACACCACGAAGGACGGUAGUAUAACAAUAGGAACCUGGGAAGUUGUGGCUGAAGCCCAGUCCCCCGUGCGACCUGGUCCAAUUCUUCUCCCGUCUCUGGUUGUGUGGAACAACACGCUGAUCCUUCAUGGAGGUUUGACGAAAACAAAAGGAUACAGUAUAAUGGCCUGGGAGAAUCGAAAGAUUUUCUGCACGCUCUGGAUGUUCGACUUACACACGCGCAGAUGGACGCGGCACCAGCAUGUUAUUAACGCCUGUCUUCUGGUCAGUAUGCAGCCGUCAGUAACUGGCCUAAUGUUUCAACGUCCACGAGCUGUACUGUUUGGAAACCAGUCGCAGAUUCUCAUCCACUUCUUGCAGGGCUCGUACCUAUGCAGUCUAAGCAGUUCUUCAAGUGAUACUCCCCAAUGUCGACUGGCUGUGUCACGUAAGAAUACAAGGACACCGGAGAUUGGGCAAUUCUACGCCGUCAGCGCAACUUCGGGUGCCUUCUACGGGAUAGGGAAACAAGUGUUUAGCUUGACAGUGAAGACGUCGCUGGAAAUUCCUGUGAAAGGCUUGCUUUCAGUCGUGGGACAUGAGUUCGUGGAGAAUAAUAUUUACGCAUCACCCUCGCAGGAUCUUCAAUUUCCCGGACAACUUGGUUGCCUGACACCCACACCAGUUGUUCAAGGUCGAGGUGGUCAGGAGCGCGUCAUGUUUUUCCCAACAUCGAAAUGUUUUCUUGAAACUGAGCGGAAGGUUCCAGAGUGGCACGCAGGGCUCUAUGACUGGACACCCGUUGUGUGGACUCUGACCGUGGAGGCAGAUGAGUACGAGAUCAUGGCUAUGAGGAAUUGCGACAGCAAAUUGUUCGAGAGUGCUUCAUCAACGAGUCUGUCCAUUCGGACCGCCAUUCUGUUCGGAUAUGGAUACACAACUAUUGACACUUUGGCCGAGACCUCCAUCACUUGGUGUAUAGGAAUUGAUCAUAAUACAUGCGAUGAAUUUGUGGACAAGGGGAAGGCAGGAUCUCCGUCGAUGCGGUAUGAGCACGUUGCGGUUCGUCUUGACGACAGACGUCUUCUUGUUUACGGUGGAAGAGAGAGGAGCACAGCUCUCCCGCUAUCCGACGUUUGGAUUUUGCAUCUGACACACGAUGACCGCUGCGAAGGCGCAUGGAAGAAAGUCCAGCCGCACAGUAUUGUGGGGGGUCCUCUGGCAAUGCGCUACGGUCAUGCGGCCAUGACACAUGGAGAUUUGCACUACGUGUUCGGCGGUCACGUUCGUCCCGACGUUUGCAGCCAAUAUCUCACAGUUCUCAGGGUGGUGAUGAGCAACAGCACAGAAACCCUGCGAGUACGGCGUAUCCCGCUAACGUCAUGCGUGCUGACCAGACGCUACGCCACCCUAACACGGUACAACCAGAACGGAUUGUUAGUAUUCGGAGGGGAUAAGGCUACACUGUCACAACUCAUUCUGUUGAACUUCAGCUCUAUGCAUACAGUGGCAAAACUACUACCACUUUUCACUCAUAGCCGCAUACGUAAACAUCACGUAGUAAGAGGAGAAAAACUGUAUUUGUUCGGCGGAACGGAUGGCUCUACCAGCAUCGCGGUGGGAUCUAGGCAGAAGUAUAGGACGAUAACUGAGGGUCUUUGUCCGAGAGGCUAUCAGCUGUUGAACGCAAACUGCCAGCCAUGCCAGAGGGGAGCAUUCUCGGAUUCGCUGGAUAGCGGGUGCAGGCCGUGUCCGAACUUUACGACCAGCGAAGCGGAAGGCUCGGAAGCUUGCAUUGCUCCGUCUCCCUGCCGCGGUCAGCUGUGCAGCGAGCAUGGUGUGUGCGUGGUAGACAACAACCUGAUACCUGUGUGUCACUGCAACUUCGGCUUCGUGCAAUACGAUAACUGUCGCGUGCCACUAGUCAGCCUAUCCAUUGCGACUGCAAUCCUCCUGUUUGUGUCGGCCAUUGCUCUCGCUACCCGAAAGUACCACAACAGAAACCAGCAACUCAAGCUCAAGGAGAGAGAACUGCGGGACAAACACAAGAGUAUGCGACUGUAUCAGAAGAAGCUAGACCAAAUCAACAUCGGGGCCAGAAUACAGUGGACAUCGCUCAACCGCACCAAGAAACUGGCCAGGGGCUCCUUCUCGCAAGUGUGGCUAGCAGAGUUCAGCGACAUGUUGGUAGCUGUGAAAGUACUACCAAAAUAUUCAGGUAGAAACAUUUCGCUGACUGAUCACUUUAUCCAAGAAGCUGAAGUCCUGCGUUCAAUUCGUCAUCCUAAUAUCGUCAUAUUCCUGGGAGCCGGCACUGAUCACGCAAGUAAACGACCGUUUCUCGUCAUGGAGUACUUGCGGCGAGGCUCGCUCUAUCACGUGCUCCAUGACAGAGACAAUGUCUUCACACAUCACGAUCGCUUGAGGUUCGCCCUGGACACUGCCCGCGGUAUGGCAUAUCUGCACGGUUCCAACCCUCCACGUCUGCACAGAGACCUGAAGUCUCCCAACCUGCUAGUCAGCGACAAGUGGGUGGUGAAAAUCGGAGACCUGGGCACGUCACGGUUCAUGGCGAUUCUAGAUCCUGACAAGGCUGACAACCAGACGACCCACAGUGCAGAUGUCGCGACCCCAACAACUACCCUCACGGAUACACAAGGCGAUGAAAAUCUGCUUGCUGAGGCAGCCGAACAGAUUCCAACUGAACCUGCGCGUAUCGUGACAAGCAACUCCGGGAAUCCGGGGGUGAAUACAGAACAAGAGGAAACCAGUCUGACAACUCCUUUGCUCACGGACAUCUCUACAAACCAUGGUGAGACGUACCAGCGCUAUUCUGCAUCGGUGAUGACCCGUGAAGUGGGUACACUGAGAUGGAAAUCACCCGAGACCGUGCGGGGAGAGCAUUACAACGAGAAAGCCGACGUAUACAGCUUUGGCGUGGUGCUGUGGGAGAUAUUCACUCGCCAAACACCGUAUGUCCAUCUUAAGGGCGAAGGAGAGGUGGAGGCAGCAAUCGCCCGUGGCCACCAGCUGCCACUGCCACCUGGCAUGCCAUACGACUAUCGUCACCUGGUGGAAGCGUGCCUGCGACCCACCGCCACGGAACGACCAAAUUUCAGUGAAAUCCCCCACGACCUUGAGACCCAGCAAGCUAACGCCUGACGGACAUUUGCACACAGUACACAGAGUACAUUGUACGUACACCAGCGCACAGUGUAUAAGAAACACAAUUACUACUACUACCGUACAUGUAUGUUUGUAGAUUCUUUUUAGAUUCUUGUUCAACUAUCAUCGCAUAUCCCUCUCAUCGCUAUUCUUGCAAUUGACUUGUACUGUAUGAAAAGGAUUGUCUCUUAUUACAGACCCCCCCCCUCUCUCUCUCUCUCAGCACGAACUUCUCGCCCAGAAUUACAACACAUUCUAAAGUGCGGGCUUCAUUCUUGUCCAUAACAGUAUGAAGGCGUAUGUACAUGUAAAUUACGUUUGUGUCCCCUGGUUUGCUGUAUUUCUUCAAUUUUCUGAAGCAUUCUGCACAUCUCCGCUAACGAUGAUUCACUUUCUUUCUACAAGACAGUAUGCCAAUGCAAAUUGCGCAUUGGCCAGAGUUUGGCAUUAGGAAGUUUUUUUCGUUGCUAUCUCGACGGAUUGAUUGUACUGGCAAAGCUAAAUCAACGUGUUCAGAUAGAAAAUACCAAAUUCAUGAUCAGAGAACCCUGUAGUGUGAAGCGUCUGUUAUGUUCUGUUCUGUUCCACCC